AUGCACUCCGCCAAGAGGUGCAGCAACCUCGGAGCGCUGCAGGGCAAGUUCGAGGAGGAUGUGAACGAGGCAAUGCUGACAAGCAGCAAGAAGCUCGCGGCAGUGAAAGACCAGAAGGAGGCGGACGAGAUCGUGCUGAAUGCCAUGAAGAAGGGUGGCAAGGAGGCAGAGGACCAGUGGGAGAAACACCACAUCCGCAAGCUGGACACGCUGGCGACCGUCAAAGCGGUUCAGAAUUACAAGCGCCAGGAGGGCCUUGCGCUUGCGGGCACAGCCCAGUGCAGCUUCAACGUUCUGGAGGCCUUUGUGAGCGCCGUGGGCAUGGGCGACGACAUCAAUGCCAUCAUCCGCACAUGCCCCUCCCCGCGCGACGGAGAGUCUGAGCUCGCUUGUCAGGUGAACGGCGGAAUCCUUGGAGCUUGGGUGGGAAACCUUGCCACCAAGCUCUCCCUGGCCGCCUCGUACUGUGCCUCGAGCAUCAACGUGGAUGCCAUCUGCUCUGCGGGUGUGAACGGCUUGGUGUCAGUGAUGGGCGAGCUGGCGGCAACUGCAUCCCUGGCGGCUGCCACGUGCACUGGUACUCCUCCUCAACUGACGACCACUCAGAUCAGCGUGCUGGGCGACCAGACUGUGAGGGGCCGUCGACUGCUCAUCGGCGAAGGCGCGGUGGGCAACGGCGUGCAGUGCAUGGUCGACGUUGGCAUGGUGGCUUCGAACAUCGCCAACAUGGGCCUCGCCAUCAACUCUGCCGUGAACUCUGGCAACUGCAACUGGCAGUCCCUGCACUCGCCCCUGAACAAGCUCAAGGGUAUCCCGGAGGCUUUGUGUACUGUGGACAUCGGCGGUGCGGUGGCUUACAUUGGCCAAGUUGUGACCUUCAUCAACCUGAUUGUGGUUCACUGCCAGGACUUGCUGGACGUGAACGCGCUGUGCGCUGGCUCCAUUGCUGGAAUCACGACCUCCGCAGCGGCUGUGGCGCCGUACGGUGCUGCAGUGCACGCGGCCUGCCGCUACAACGCCCUCACCAAGAAUGGCGCAGCGCAGGCGAAAAUCAACAGCCUCUACGACGUGCCGGACAGGCCUCGCCGCCUCGAAGAGUUGGCAAAGCCCGUGGAGGAAGCCAUGGCCAACCUCAAGGAGAUCCGCAAGAACCUGGAGGCCUAUGGGGUGAACCGCACCCAGACGGUGAACACCCAGGCGGACAUGGAGAAGCUCUUGCACCUCAUGGGCCGCGAGAAGCCUGAGACGCUGGAGACGCCAGCGACCCGAAGCAAGUCUCGCAACCGUCGAGCAGCGUCGAGCAUGUCCCUGAUGUCUCAAGACUUCGCAGAGGUGGAAGCUGGCAGCUCUUCGGAGCGUGAGACCCAGCCUGUCCAGCGCGGCUGGACUCGUGUGAAGAUCAUCACUGGCGCGGUGGCCCUGUUGGCCGGGGUGGCAGCGCUUGCGUCGAUGCACUCCGCCAAGAGGUGCAGCAACCUCGGAGCGCUGCAGGGCAAGUUCGAGGAGGAUGUGAACGAGGCAAUGCUGACAAGCAGCAAGAAGCUCGCGGCAGUGAAAGACCAGAAGGAGGCGGACGAGAUCGUGCUGAAUGCCAUGAAGAAGGGUGGCAAGGAGGCAGAGGACCAGUGGGAGAAACACCACAUCCGCAAGCUGGACACGCUGGCGACCGUCAAAGCGGUUCAGAAUUACAAGCGCCAGGAGGGCCUUGCGCUUGCGGGCACAGCCCAGUGCAGCUUCAACGUUCUGGAGGCCUUUGUGAGCGCCGUGGGCAUGGGCGACGACAUCAAUGCCAUCAUCCGCACAUGCCCCUCCCCGCGCGACGGAGAGUCUGAGCUCGCUUGUCAGGUGAACGGCGGAAUCCUUGGAGCUUGGGUGGGAAACCUUGCCACCAAGCUCUCCCUGGCCGCCUCGUACUGUGCCUCGAGCAUCAACGUGGAUGCCAUCUGCUCUGCGGGUGUGAACGGCUUGGUGUCAGUGAUGGGCGAGCUGGCGGCAACUGCAUCCCUGGCGGCUGCCACGUGCACUGGUACUCCUCCUCAACUGACGACCACUCAGAUCAGCGUGCUGGGCGACCAGACUGUGAGGGGCCGUCGACUGCUCAUCGGCGAAGGCGCGGUGGGCAACGGCGUGCAGUGCAUGGUCGACGUUGGCAUGGUGGCUUCGAACAUCGCCAACAUGGGCCUCGCCAUCAACUCUGCCGUGAACUCUGGCAACUGCAACUGGCAGUCCCUGCACUCGCCCCUGAACAAGCUCAAGGGUAUCCCGGAGGCUUUGUGUACUGUGGACAUCGGCGGUGCGGUGGCUUACAUUGGCCAAGUUGUGACCUUCAUCAACCUGAUUGUGGUUCACUGCCAGGACUUGCUGGACGUGAACGCGCUGUGCGCUGGCUCCAUUGCUGGAAUCACGACCUCCGCAGCGGCUGUGGCGCCGUACGGUGCUGCAGUGCACGCGGCCUGCCGCUACAACGCCCUCACCAAGAAUGGCGCAGCGCAGGCAAAAAUCAACAGCCUCUACGACGUGCCGGACAGGCCUCGCCGCCUCGAAGAGUUGGCAAAGCCCGUGGAGGAAGCCACGGCCAACCUCAAGGAGAUCCGCAAGAACCUGGAGGCCUAUGGGGUGAACCGCACCCAGACGGUGAACACCCAGGCGGACAUGGAGAAGCUCUUGCACCUCAUGGGCCGCGAGAAGCCUGAGACGCUGGAGGAGUGCUGAGCUGCUGAGGGACCAUAUGUUCACUGAUUUUAUAGUGCAAGCAAAUUCUGAACAAGUUUGCUGGUACACAAAUAGAGGGCAAUAGACCGUUAUAUAGACGUUGCUGGCCCCGGGGGCGUUGGACUCAGCAAAGUGCAAGAGCCGCCGACCCGCGGUGGCGCCGACUGCGGCCCUUUUUGUUUAGACUCCCGGACCCGCCGAUCUUUUUGGCACAUUAACAUGCCUUCUUGAGCCAUUUAAGCAUUGCAGCUUUGCCUUGUUCCGGCGUCUCUGGGUGUUCUUGGUGUCGGAAUUGCUCACGGGCAUAGCGGGUGAAUUGGCCCGCCUGCCUAGAUGAAACAACAUGAGCGCCUUUGAAGCUUGGUGCUUCAUGGGGCGGUGAAGUGGAAUUUGAAUCCUUUUCCGCCCCAUACUUCUUUUCUCCAAUCUUUUGCACUUCUGCAUGCCCGCAUGGCCUUCAAGGCCACCGGCUGAAAAGCAAAGCGGCGGGCG